AUGCGCCCCAAAGUAUCCACCUCCUGCAUUGCGCCUCAGGGUACGGAGGUCCCGGACUUGGAUCUCAAUGUACUGCCACCGGUGCUGCCGAAGCGGACGGGUAACAGCCAUCCUGCCAGCGUCACGAAGAAGGUGUGGCGGAAGAUCGUGUACUGGGCUAAGAUCCGGGAUAAGAUGAGCAAUCGCCUCAGUUACUUGCACUCGGACGACUGCGACAAGAUGAAGGUGGUCGUCAUGGGCGGUGGCGCUUUUGGCACUGCCAUGGCGGCCCACGUUGCCCGCAAGGGCCACAUGGUUACCAUGAUUGUCCGCAACAAGUCCGUGUGCAAGUUCAUCAACCGCAAGCAUAUCAAUCCGAGGUAUCUUUCGGAGUUCGAUUUGCCAAAGAACGUGGGUGCAACGACGGAUGCAGCUGAGGCCCUGGAAGGCUGCGAUGUGCUCAUCCAUGCCGUGCCAGUGCAAUCUUCCCGCGAGGCGCUGGGGGCCAUCCGUGAGCUAGUUCCCCCGGACAUUCCGGUGGUGGCCGUCUCCAAGGGCGUGGAGCUCGGGACCCGAAAGCUGAUGUGCGACGUCAUCCCAGAGGCGCUUGGCCGCGACGAAGCUGAGGGACAGGUUGUGGUGGUUUCAGGGCCCUCCUUUGCGCAGGAGAUUAUGGACCGCCGACCAACGUCUGUGGUUGCCGCUUCUAGGAGCCCGGAUGCCGCCGAGAAGGUCUCCAGGUUGCUAACGUCCAAGUACUUCCGCGUGAGCAUGACCGAGGAUGUCCUUGGUGUUGAGGUCGCUGGGGCCCUAAAGAAUGUCCUGGCGAUCGCUGCGGGCAUUUGUGAGGGACUCGGCCUCGGGACCAACGCCAUGUCUGCCCUGGUGACGCAGGGCAACGCCGAGAUCCGGUGGUUGGCCACGGCCAUGGGAGCCCGGCCGGAGACGCUGGCGGGCCUUUCCGGCAUGGGGGACAUCCUCCUCACCUGCUUCGGGAGCCUAUCCCGAAACCGCACCGUGGGGGUGCGGCUGGGCAAAGGCGAACGAUUCGAGGAUGUGCUGAACGAGAAGCGCGGGGUCGCCGAAGGCGUCUACACCGCCAGGUUGGUGGUUGAACUGGCGGACGACUACAAGGCGGUCGCAGCCUCGGGUCGUGCGAAGUGCAGGGCGGCAGACGACCAAGACUUUCAGCCCCCAAAAGUCUGUGACAGUCUAUGGCGCCUGCUUCUGCGCCCUGGUGUGAAAGAAAAGGGCUGUUUCAACGGCCUCAACUUGGAGAAUGUCGAGAUCGGAUGUGCUGCCAAGGAGACACUCCUUUGCCUGGAGUGGGACUUCUGCCUCAAGUCCGGCACCGAGAAGCUUCGCUGCUUCUGCUUGGACAUCCGCAUCGUGCCUGUGACCGUUUGCAUCAAGCAGCAGGGCCAAAUGUGCUGCCUCGUCUCCGCAGCCGCGAUUCCGCCUGAUGCAGAGGUUCCCAUGAUGCUUUCAGUCUGCUUCCUGGUCUGCUUCCCCAAGUUCGGCUUCUUCAAGAAGAUCUCGGAGAUCAAGGGAUGA